AGAAGAAGAAGCGUUCCCAAGAUGGCAGCCGAGUGGACUGACUUGCCUUGAAAGAGACUUUGAUAUUAUUGAACAAGCUACGCGGCAGUCUACUGUGCAAUCAAAACCAAUGCAUAAGCAGAUUAGAAAGUCACGACUAUUUGCUCCAAAAUGCCUUUGUUUGGCAACACAUUCAGUCCCAAGAAAACACCUCCUCGGAAGUCUGCAUCCCUUUCCAAUCUACAUACAUUGGAUCGGUCUACACGGGAGAUAGAGUUAGGUCUGGAGUAUGGAGCCCCAGUAAUGAAUAUUGGUGGUCAGAGCUUGAAAUUUGAAGAUGGCCAGUGGAUCACAGAGUCAGCAAGUAAUCUAUCAGGAAAAGAGGUACAGCGAUUGAAGAAAAGGAAUCUACAGUUAGAAGAGGAGAAUAAUCUUCUUAAGAUAAAGAUUGAGGUUCUUCUUGAUAUGCUUUCAGAAUCAACAGCAGAAACACAUCUAAUACAGAAGGAACUUGAAGAUAUAAAGAAUAAUUCUCGAAGAAAGAAAUGACGGAAGGAAAUAAAGGCCUUACUGAUUAACUCUUUUAAAGUUCUUGUUUUUUAAAGUGAGUGUGCUUUCUAAGUUGUAGUUAGUAGAUUUUUUAAAAGACUCUAUUUAAAUAUAAGUUACAGUUUAAACAAUUGAUUAGGUUUUAUGUGAUUGCUUUUGUCACAUUUAGAUCACUUUUUUUAAUUUGCUCUUUCAUUGCCAAUUGUAUGAAUAAACAAAAAUAUUUAGGUUGACAUCAUGUCAUAAUCUUUGCAUAGCCCUCUAAAUAUUUUUUUCUUCUCUUUUCUACACAUCAUUUUAUUAGCCUUAAAGCAUCUACAUUGUGUAUUCAAGCAAAAUACCCUCAUGACUUUCCUCGUCAUGAAACGGGCAUUUGAAUUGGUCAAAAUGAUCUCAGAUUACAUUAAAAGCAGCUUAAAUUUACUGAGCUUCAUGUUUAGAAUACAAUAACUUGUCACACUUAAACCAGUUAUACCUAAUCUUCAUUUCUACGGCCCCAGGAAGUGCUCUUGAAAGUCCUUAAACCACUCUGCAUGUGUAGAUUUAAAUGUGUAUUCAAAUCACAGGAAACAAUUACACUCUUUCUUUGGUUGAAGAGUAUGAUUAGCCAAGAGCUGUGACGGUUUAAGAAUUUUCUUGCAGAUUUAGGGAGAUUUUCUUAUGGCAUGUACUACACUCCUUCGGUUGCACAAAAUUAUUAUUAUUUUUUUUAACUAAUAAAUUGACAUGAAACCAUUUUGUUGUAAAAAAUACAUAAAUAAAAUUGUACAGAAUUUUGUGAAUUUUUGUGCUAUUUGCAAAUGGGUAUUUCUUGACAUUCUUUUCAUCUAUUUAACAUAACCUUUCCCAAGUUAACCUCAUCGAAACACACUGUGUGUAAUAUUUUGCUGUAAACUCGUUGUAAAUGACCCGUAUCUUCAUCAUUUCUCUACAGAACCUCAUUACAUUUAUCAGUGUAUUAACUCGGUUAUGUUUUUAGAAUGAAAGUGCUUUGUACAAGAGGCUGUACUGAUGUCAAAACAAGUAAACAACCCACCAUGGGUUCUGUAAUGCCACUUAUGCUGUCCAGGAAUGUAGUCUUAUUUCCUAUAAAUAAGAGACUUUAUGGGCAUUACAGAUUAUUAAUAGGAGGGUCGAGAAAAGGAAGGAGGUGUACCAGAAGGUUUAUUUAGCAGAUUAUCCUCCAAAAUCCACAGUGCAAUGAGGCUUGGGAGUACAUUAUGUAUCUGUAUACCAAGGAGGCCAAGUCCUCAUACAGCUUCCUGAAGGGGAGUUCUGCGUCACAUCACAGGA